AUGAAUAUCGACACGGGUGGCAGAUGCUCCCGCUCCCGCAGCACCUCUGCUGGAUCAAAGAUGUCGCACGACGGCUCGCAACGAUCACGGCGCAAUUCAGAUUCAGGGUCGCGCUCCCGAUCGCGUUCAAAGUCGAGCUCACGGUCUCGGUCUAGGAGCAAGUCACGUUCUCGCAGUAAAUCCCGUUCCCGUAGCAAAUCUAAUUCCCGCAGUAAAUCUCGAUCCCGUAGCAAGUCUCGUUCCCGGAGCAAGUCUCGUUCCCGCAGCAAGUCUCGUUCCCACAGCAAGUCCCGUUCCCGCAGCAAGUCUAAUUCACGCAGUAAAUCCCGGUCCCGUAGCAAAUCCCAAUCACGUAGUAAAUCACGGUCACGUUCUCGUAGCGGUUCACUUGCACGAUCACGCUCUCGCUCGCGGUCUCACUCAGGAAGCAGAUCCCGAUCUCGCUCUGGUUCUCCCGUAAAGUCACGCUCAAACUCGCCUGCCAAAUCACGCUCAGGGAGUGGUUCGCCGCGCAAAUCAAAGUCUCGCAGUCGAUCUCGGUCUAAAAGUGGUUCAAGAUCUCGUAGUGGGUCACCAAUUAAAACACGAUCCAGAAGUAAAUCUCCUGCGCGUUCCCGUUCUGGCAGUCGCUCUUCCGCACGCUCCAAGUCUAAAAGUGUAUCUCCGAGAGGAUCAAGGUCACGGUCACGAAGCAAGUCUCCCGAGAAAAUGGAGGUAGACGGUGAAGUUAAGGACAAAACGGAACGAGCUUCCGCCGAAAGAGUCACUUCACGCUCCAAGUCUAAAUCCCCGAAUAAACGCGCUUCCCGUUCGCGGUCCCGUUCAGCAGGCUCACGUAAUACUAAAUCAAAAUCUCGUUCGCGCUCUCAAUCUAAGUCUCGCUCCAGGUCUAGGUCCAAGUCAAUUGAGAAAGCAAGGAAACGCAUUCGUUCUAGAUCGGGUUCACGUAAGUCUCGAUCACGGUCUCGCUCUAGAUCUCGUUCCAAGUCCAGAUCACGGUCUCGUUCCAAGUCUAAGUCACGAUCACGCUCUAAGUCCAGAUCUCGGUCUCGGUCGGGAUCGGCAAAGUCACGGCCCAGGUCACGCUCGCGAUCUCCAACCAGUUCGCAGUCCGGUUCCGGCUCGCCGUCACAUCGAACCAAAAAAAGACGCACCGUGAGGUUAGAAUCCGACGACGAGGGCGGCGAGCGGGAACGUCCCGCCACCCCGGUCGAAGGUGAGAAGGAAACCGAACCCAAAACUGCGAAUAAAGACGUGGAAGGGGAUUCUUCGGACGACGAAUUAGCGCCGGACUCUAAAACGUCGGAAAUGAUGGGAGGCAUGUCCGACUUCGAGCUGAUGUUGGCGCGCAAGCGCGACGAGCGCCGCGGCAAGCGCCGGCGCCGCGACAUCGACAUCAUCAACGACAACGACGACCUCAUCGCGCACCUGCUGCAGCAGAUGCGCCAGGCCGCCGAGGAGGACCGCGACCUCAACAAGCGCAACCAGCCCGCCGUCAAGAAGGUCUCCAUGCUGAAGUCGGCCAUGUCGCAGCUGAUCAAGAAGGACCUGCAGCUGGCCUUCCUAGAGCACAACGUGCUCAACGUGCUGUGCGACUGGCUAGCGCCCAUGCCCAACCGCGCGCUGCCGUGCCUGCUCAUCAGGGAGAGUAUACUGAAGUUGCUCAUGGAUUUCCCUUCCAUAGACAAGUCUCUCUUGAAGCAGUCCGGUAUCGGCAAGGCGGUCAUGUACCUGUACAAGCACCCCAAGGAGACCAAGGCCAACCGUGAGCGCGCGGGCAGGCUCAUCUCCGAAUGGGCGAGGCCUAUAUUCAACCUAUCUACAGAUUUUAAAGCCAUGACGCGCGAGGAGCGGCAGGCGCGCGACGAGGCCAUGGCGGGCGGCGCCGGGCCCAGCAAGCGACCGCGCCGCGCCGACCUCCCGCCCGACCCCGACAAGGCGGCGCGGCCGGGCGAGCCGGGCUGGGUGGCGCGCGCGCGCGUGCCGCUGCCCAGCAACAAGGACUACGUGUACCGCCCCAAGUCCACCAGCGACGUCGACAUGUCGAGGACGAGCAAGAAGAAGAUGACUCGCUACGAGAAGCAGAUGAAGCGCUUCAUGGACCAGAAGCGCCUGAAGAGCGGGUCGCGUCGCGCCGUCGACAUCUCCAUCGAGGGCCGCAAGAUGGCGCUGUGA